GGUAUCUCUCCAUAUGGAAUUUUCGUCUAGGUGCUGCAUUUGUGAGAUCAGGAGUUACUUAGUACAUUGUAAUUAGAUAUCUACAGGAAAAGAUGAAUUUGCAGGCACAUAUGGCAGGACAGAUUUCUGGGCAGGUACCUAAUCAGGCUGCUCAGUUGCCCGGACUACCCCUACAGAAUGGGAAUACUCUUUCUCCUCAGAUGCAAAAUUUAGGUGGUCAUCAUAAUACACCAAAUGUGGAGCCUGACUUUGUGAAAGCGCGCAGAUUUAUGCAACAGAAGAUUUAUGAGUUUCUAAUGCAGAAGCAGCAGCAAGGGCAACAUUCUGCACCGACAAAGAGGUUACUGGAUAUAGUAAGACGUUUAGAAGAGGGUCUAUUCAAAUCUGCUUCUUCAAAGGAAGAAUAUAUUAAUAUGGAGACUCUGGAGAAUCGUUUACAUUUUUUGAUCAAACCUCUGCCUCUAAGUAAUCACAACGAACAAUAUCCUCAACAUGUCAGUUCUUCCUCCACUGGUACAAUGAUUCCAACACCUGGUAUGCCCCAAAGUGGAAACUCAGGCUUGAUGGUUACGUCAUCUGUGAACACUUCCAUGGUUGCUUCUGGCGGUAGUAAUAGCAUUGCAUCCACAACUGUCAACACUGGAAGUUUCAUGCCAACUGCCAAUGGACUUUCUGGUGCCAUAAACAUUGAUUCUUUCAAUUCAUCCGAUGGAACGUUGCCUAAUGGAUAUCAACAGUCACCUCCUAAUUUUUCCAUCAGCUCUGGUGGGAAUGGCAUCGUGUCAUCAAUGGAUGGACAGAGGAUGACUAGCCAAAUGAUACCUACACCUGGAUUUAAUGUUAAUAAUAACCAGUCUUACAUGAAUUUGGAGUCUUCUAGUAAUGGUGGUGGGUUUUCGAGUGUUGAAUCUACGUUGCUAUCACAGCCACUUAAGCAAAAACAGCAUGUUGGUGGUCAAAACAGCCGUAUAUUGCAUAACCUUGGCAGCCAUAUCGGUGGUGGUAUUAGGUCAGGUUUGCAGCAGAAAUCCUAUGGGUUUUCAAAUGGGACCUUAAAUGGUGGGUUAGGAAUGGGGAGUAAUGUACAAAUGGUGAAUGGUCAAGGAACUUCUGAGGGCUAUCUGACAACUGCACUGAGUGGCAAUUCACCCAAACCUUUGCGACAACAUUAUGAUCAACAUCAGCAGCCAAUAAUGCUAGGUAAUGGCUAUGGGAUGAGUUCUGCUGAUUCUUCUGGGUCUGGAAACUUCUAUGCUUCUAUGAACCCUGGAUCCAUGACAAACAAUCAGAACAUGGAUCCAAUAACCUUGCAGGCUAUACCCAAAACAAGCUCUUCUUUGAUGAUUAAUCAGUCAAAUUUGCAUACUACUCAGCAGGUUGCAAAUAUGAAGCCUCAAGCAAUUGAUCAAUCAGGAAAGAUGGACUUUCAGUCUCCACUUUCACUGCGAGAGAAUCUACAACCUCAUCAACAGCAAAAAUUUCAGCAGCAGCCUCCUCAGUUUCAACAGCAACUUGGGCAACAUCAACGCCAGCAAAAACAACAAAGUCAGCAGGACCAGUUUUUGUUAAAAAAUGAAGCUUUUGGUCAGUCUCAGUUAGCAUCUGAUCUAGGCAGUCAAAUAAAGCCUGAGCCUGGAAUGGAGUUCCGUUAUGAAGCUCUGCAUUCACAAGUCUCUGAACAAUUCCAACUUUCUGAGAUACAAAGUCAAUUCCAACCUAGCUGUGCAGAAGAUGAUUCAAGAGGAACACAGUUUCUCUCUCUUCCGCUUGGCCAACAGGAUUGCUCCUCACUCUCUCAAACUUCACAACAGAUGCAACAUUUGUUGCUUCCAAACCCCUGGGUUCCUGAUGUUGAAAAUGAUUUCAGCUGUCUUCCUAGUGGAUUUCAAUCAGAGGCAGUUAUGCAAGGUCAAUGGAAUACUAAAUCCCAAGAUGGGUCUCAGUUAACCAGAAACUUGUCACAUGAUGAAAUCGUUCAGAAGGAAUUUUCUCAGAGAAUAACUGGACAAGAUGAAGCUCAGCGAAAUAAGUUAUCAUCAGAUGUAUCUAUUACUUGUCCAACUGUUGGUACUAGAACUCAAGAGCCCCCAAAUGUAAGCGGUGCUAUGAGUAGAUCUAGUAAUCUAAACCGUGAUCGGAAUUUCAAAAAUCAACAGAGGUGGCUGUUGUUCUUGAUGCACGCGCGCAAAUGUUCCUCUCCAGAAGGAAAAUGUAUUGAUGUUAAUUGCAUAAUUGCUCAAAAACUCUUGAAGCAUUUGAAACAAUGCAAUGUAGCUCAAUGCUCAUAUCCUCGUUGCCCUCAGACCCAGAUAUUAAUGAAUCAUCACAGGUGUUGUAGAGAUUUAAGUUGCCCUGUAUGCCUUCCUGUAAAUAAUUAUAUUCAGGCGCACUUGAAGGCACGCACGUGGCCGGAUUCUAAUUCUGGUUUGUCGCGUUCAAUCAAUGGAUCCUGUAAAUCUUAUGCUCCAGAAGACACUGCUGGUAGAUUGACUUCUAAAAUGAGUCCAUCACUUCCAUCACUUGUUGAAACAUCAGAAGAUUUUCAAAUGUCUCUGAAACGGAUGAAGAUUGAGCAACCAUCCCAAUCUAUUGCUUUGGAAGGCGAAAGUUCUGUCAUACCAGUUCCUGCUAUUAGUGAACCUCAUGUUCUUCAGAAUGAACAGCAACUUGGUGACACUAGUGUGCCAAUGAAAUUCGGCGUUGCUGAAGUAAAGAUGAAGAGGAAUGAUGCAGAUGAUACCCAAAGGCCUGAUGGUGAUGCUAGCAUGUUGAAUGAUCCUGCUGGUUUUGUCAAGCAGGAAAGCAUUAAGAUGGAGAAAGAGAUGGACCAAGCUAAACAGGAGAAUGUGGCACUGCCUGCAGAGAAUGCUUCUGGAACCAAGUCUGGGAAACCAAAGAUAAAGGGUGUAUCAUUGACUGAACUGUUCACUCCAGAGCAGGUUCAGGAGCAUAUUAUAGGUCUCAGGCAGUGGGUUGGUCAGAGUAAAGCAAAGGCAGAAAAGAACCAAGCAAUGGAGCAGUCAAUGAGCGAGAAUUCUUGUCAGUUGUGUGCAGUUGAGAAGCUCACUUUUGAACCACCACCUAUAUAUUGCACACCAUGUGGUGCUCGUAUUAAGAGAAAUGCAAUGUAUUAUACUAUAGGAGCUGGUGAUACACGGCACUAUUUCUGCAUUCCAUGCUAUAACGAGUCCCGUGGUGACACCAUUGUAGUUGAUACAACAACUAUUCUGAAGGCAAGGUUGGAGAAGAAGAAAAAUGAUGAGGAGACUGAAGAAUGGUGGGUUCAAUGUGAUAAGUGUGAAGCUUGGCAGCAUCAGAUCUGUGCACUGUUUAAUGGUCGAAGGAAUGAUGGUGGGCAAGCUGAAUAUACUUGUCCAAACUGCUAUAUAGCAGAAGUUGAGAGAGGAGAGCGAAAUCCCUUACCGCAGAGUGCUGUUCUAGGAGCAAAAGAUUUACCUAGAACAAUCCUCAGCGAUCAAAUAGAGCAGCGAUUAUUUAAGCGACUGAAGCAAGAAAGGCAAGAGAGGGCAAAGAUUCAAGGGAAAACUUACGAUGAGGUUCCCGGAGCUGAAGCACUUGUAGUGCGAGUUGUGUCAUCAGUGGACAAAAAAUUGGAAGUGAAGCAGCGAUUCCUUGAGAUUUUUCAAGAAGAGAAUUAUCCUACUGAAUUCCCUUAUAAAUCCAAGGUAGUAUUGUUGUUCCAGAAAAUCGAAGGUGUAGAAGUGUGCCUGUUUGGCAUGUAUGUUCAAGAAUUCGGAUCAGAAUGUCAGCAGCCAAAUCAUCGUCGUGUUUAUCUUUCAUAUCUCGAUUCUGUUAAGUAUUUCCGGCCAGAGGUUAAAGCAGUGACAGGGGAGGCUCUCCGUACAUUUGUUUACCAUGAAAUUCUGAUCGGAUACCUAGAAUAUUGCAAAAAACGAGGUUUUACAAGCUGCUACAUAUGGGCCUGCCCUCCACUGAAGGGUGAAGAUUAUAUUUUAUACUGCCAUCCAGAAAUUCAGAAAACACCAAAGUCUGAUAAACUCAGAGAGUGGUAUUUGGCAAUGCUAAGAAAAGCCGCAAAGGAAAAGAUUGUAGUUGGCCUCACUAAUUUAUACGACCAUUUCUUUGUGUCUACUGGUGAAUGUAAGGCAAAGGUUACUGCAGCUCGACUACCGUAUUUUGAUGGAGACUAUUGGCCUGGUGCUGCGGAGGAUAUGAUCUAUCAGCUUCAGCAAGAAGAGGAUGGCAGAAAACAGCAUAAAAAGGGAACCACCAAAAAGAUCAUAACGAAAAGAGCUUUGAAAGCAUCAGGCCAAGUUGAUCUUUCUGGCAAUGCAUCGAAGGAUCUGCUACUAAUGCAUAAACUUGGUGAAACAAUUAUCCCAAUGAAGGAAGAUUUUAUCAUGGUCCAUUUGCAGUAUUCAUGCACUCAUUGCUGCAUUUUGAUGGCAAGUGGAAGGCGUUGGGAAUGCAACCUGUGCAAAAAUUUUCAGCUCUGUGACAAUUGUUAUGAAGCUGAACAAAUACUUGAAGAGAGAGACAGGCAUCCUAUCAAUCAAAGGGACAAGCACACAUUUUAUCCUGUUGAGAUCACUGAUGUUCCUGCUGAUACCAAGGAUAGAGAUGAGAUUCUCGAGAGUGAAUUCUUUGAUACCAGACAGGCAUUUCUGAGUCUUUGUCAAGGAAACCAUUACCAAUACGAUACUCUACGCCGUGCUAAGCAUUCCUCAAUGAUGGUCCUUUAUCAUCUUCACAAUCCCACUGCUCCUGCAUUUGUGACAACAUGCAAUGUAUGUCAUCUUGAUAUAGAAGCUGGUCAAGGUUGGCGCUGUGAGAUUUGUCCCGAGUAUGAUGUAUGCAAUGCCUGUUAUCAAAAGGAUGGCGGAAAUGAUCAUCCUCAUAAGUUGACUAAUAACCCGUCCGUGGCUGAUCGUGAUGCACAGAACAAAGAAGCUAGGCAAGUUCGAGUUGUACAGCUGAGGAAAAUGCUCGACCUCCUGGUGCAUGCUUCUCAGUGUCGUUCUCCUCAAUGCCAAUAUCCAAAUUGUCGCAAGGUAAAGGGGCUUUUCCGGCAUGGGAUACAAUGCAGAACACGUGCCUCUGGAGGGUGUGUUCUUUGUAAGAAAAUGUGGUAUCUCCUUCAACUUCAUGCUCGAGCAUGCAAAGAAUCUGAAUGCCAUGUACCACGUUGCAGAGAUUUGAAAGAACACUUGAGGAGGCUUCAACAACAGUCUGACUCCCGCCGAAGAGCUGCCGUAAUGGAAAUGAUGAGGCAACGAGCUGCGGAGGUCGCUAGUAAUGCAGGAUGACCAUGUUGUACAUAUACGAAUGGACGUUGUGGAUAAGUUUCCCGCGUGAUCGAGGAGAGGGGUAAAUUAUCGUUUGAAACACUCUGUUAAUAGACUGAAACUGGGCAUGAACUGCAGAAGUGGAUUUGCAUUGUUCUGAGACAGCCAAAGAGAUCGCAGGAUGAUGGUGGGUUGUGAUUAUCACUUUCCAGCAAAGAAUUUCUUCAACAACUAAGCUCCAUUACUGAAGUUUAUUUGGUAGUGGUGACCUCGUCUCGUCGAACAAGAGCUGACCACCUUCUUCGAACUGAAGGAAAAGGGUACACAGAAAGAGUUGUUUCUCUUUCUGAAGUCCUCCUAUUCAGUGAUUCUUUGAUUUUAUUCUCUUGUAUUCCUUCCAGGGCCAUCGUUGGAUGGCCAGUGUACCAUAAUCUGUCGAAAAUGUCCUCUUACGAAGUAAUUCGGGUGGGAGAUCAUCUCAAAGUCGUUUUUUUGGCUUUGUUCUUUUCUAUUCCUCGAUUGUGUUCCCCCUCCCUCCCUUAUGUGUUAAUCAAUCCCUUUUGUAGUUUGUACUUCUAAUCUUUGAGGAGAUAGAAUAAGUAGCCAUUACAAGAACUGUAACAACAACAACUUUGUUUUAAUUUGUACUGUAAUGCUAAAUUUAUGU